UUUGACACAGAACAGAACAAUGAAAGCUAGAGAAUAAACAGACGAUUUAACCAGGUGAAUUAACUUACAUGGGGAUGCUAAUGACUUGCUUAACGAAAACAAAGGCUAUGUAAAACAAGUGAAUUUGCACGACUUGUCCCCGUUUUAUUUAUUUAUUUUCUCAGUUUUAAGCCAUUUCUACUAUGCGAGUACUUUUGCAAAUCAUCUUUGAACCGUGACAUGCAAACACUGAUGUCUAAAAAAAAUAUUAUUUUAAGCAUGUUAGAUAGCAAGGCCUUCAUGCCAGAAUAAAGAGCUUUUCUAAAUGUAAAAUAACUUGACCAAAUGAUUUUAAAUACGGUUAACAAUUAAAAAACAGGUUGUUAUUUCCAGUCCAAAGAUCCUUGCAAAGGACAGUUCAAGUGCCUCUUGGAAUUACUUGACUUAAGUUUUCUGUGACAGAAGAACAAACAGAUUUGAUCCUGGUGACACAACAUGACCCAAUACAUCUAAGAUCUUCUCUCCGCCCCUUAUUUUGAUAAGCACACACGAGCUUGCACUACAUUUAGCUACGUAAAUCUUCAAGGGUGGCUAAUAAUAAAGUAACCGGAGUAGGGAUUAAAAAAUAGAAAAUAAAUUGCAUUAGCCCAUUUGCAUUCAUACUAAUUUUGAAUAGAUGGAAUUGGAUAUCUGUAAGAGACAUACGAUUUCUGAAUCCCUGAACAUUUCUGGAAAAUGCAUUUAAUUAUUUCAGCAUUAGUUUAGAGAAAGUCUGGAUGCUGCGUCUCAUUAUGCCUUCUGGACUCGUACAUUUUUGACACCAACUAAGCACUGUCUAAUUAUAGGCUAAUGCAGCAGAAACUAUGCAGACCAAGAAACCCAAACUAACACGCCAUUGGAAGCCGAAUCUCGUGACAUAAAGAUUAUGUCCUUCAUUCUCGUGAAACAGGCUUUCUAGUUUUAACGAUAUGCAGUCUUGCACAAUAUUGGUAUAUAACUGUAUAAAAAUAUAUGAAUAAAAAUAAAGUUUGUUUAAAUAAGUCAUUAGAUGCAUCAGUGAUCACGUGCUUUCCUCAAUAUGCAUGGGCAAUGGGUGUUUGGUCUCGCAGUAUAAAGCAUCAGCGGAGAUAGAGAUGCGCGUCCACGGUUGCCUCAGUGUGAGAGUAGCAGUCAAUGCGUAUCGAAAUGCGAACUAAGUUAAAAAAACGAUCCAGGAGUUUUCAGCGUUUGGUAUACAUAGAGACAAAAUUAUGUUUCAAAAUAUAAAAUUCAAUAGGCUACUUGCUGUUACGGCUACUGUAUUGAUAGGUUAAGAGAGACGGCGCAACAUCGUAUCUUCUCCAGCUUCAUUCAAGGCGCUAACGAAUGAAACAGCCUGUCUGUGUAUCCUGUCGCAGAUUCCGUUUUAGCGCUUCAUUUAAAUUCCCGUGUCCGUGACUGUCAUCCGGAGACCCUGCCCCUGCCUUCUCUCCCUACAUAUCUUCUUAACUUUAACGAGCCUCGUUAGGAUCACAAUAAUAUUCCACCCACUAAUUGCUCAUUCCAUUCAACAAAUAGGCGAGCCUCUUCUUCGCCUUCACGCGAGUCAAGGGAGGGAGGGUGCUGUUGAGAUUGGAGUUCCUGAUAACCCCCCGUGCGAGCAGCACAAGUGGUGAAAGCCUCUACGUACUGGCUAAUGAUUGGCACGCUUGACAGUGAUUGGCAGGGCUGCCAUGACAACCCUACAACGACACCAAGAAGACCAAUAGAAAAGCGAAACAAAAUAUUUCAAUGCUACACUCACGGUGGAUUUAGGGGGAGAUAUUAUGAGGCUGGUGUCAUUAGGCGAUAGCUAUUGAAUCAUUCAAUCCGAAUUCGUCGUUCUUUUUUUCCUUCGCAAAGUUCACUCUCUCUCAGGUCAUUUCCAUGGUUUUCAGAUCGCCUUUAGAGCUUUAUCCCUCUCAUUUCUUCCUGCCAAACUUUGCUGAUCGCCCUUUGCUCCUGGCGAGCAGUGCGCCCAGCACCAGGUCUCCCGAAGACUUGUCAAUGUUUCAGCUACCGACCCUAAACUUCUCUCCGGAGCAAGUGGCGAGCGUCUGCGAGACGCUGGAGGAGACCGGGGACAUCGAGCGGCUGGGUCGCUUCCUAUGGUCGCUUCCAGUGGCACCGGGUGCUUGCGAGGCGAUCAACAAGCAUGAAUCCAUCCUUCGUGCCCGGGCUGUGGUUGCCUUUCACACGGGCAAUUUUCGUGAUCUCUACCACAUUCUGGAGAACCACAAGUUUACCAAGGACUCGCAUGGUAAACUACAAGCGAUGUGGCUUGAAGCUCACUAUCAGGAGGCCGAGAAAUUACGCGGGCGUCCCCUAGGACCGGUUGAUAAGUACAGGGUGCGAAAGAAGUUUCCCCUGCCUAGAACCAUUUGGGACGGUGAGCAGAAGACGCAUUGUUUCAAAGAGCGGACGCGGAGUCUGUUACGGGAGUGGUACCUUCAGGACCCCUACCCAAACCCCAGCAAGAAAAGGGAACUGGCUCAAGCCACUGGACUCACUCCUACACAGGUCGGAAAUUGGUUUAAAAACCGGAGACAACGAGACAGGGCAGCGGCAGCAAAAAACAGGCUCCAGCAUCAAGCAAUAGGGCAGAAUGGCAUGCGGUCCCUUUCAGAAUCCGGCUGCACCCCACGCAGUUCGGCGGAGUCGCCUUCAACAGCGGCUAGUCCCACGACCAGUGUCUCGAGCAUGACAGAGCGAGUCGACACGGGCACGUCAAUUCUUUCAGUAACAUCAAGUGACUCGGAAUGCGACGUAUGAUACGCACAAGAGAAAUAUAUAGCCUACAGGAAAAAGGACCUAAAUAAACUUUAUUAAUUAUCGGGGAUGAUGAACAAGGACCAAUUGAUAUUACUGUUAUAAAAGAAAAGCAUAAAAGCACGCUUUUUUUUCAAGCGCUUUCAAUGGACCCCACACCUUCUCCCACCCCAUCACUUGCAUGAUUUAUAUAUAUAUAUAUAUAUAUAUAUAUCUAAAUAUAUAUUUUUUUCUUUUUGUAUAUGGGGAAAUGCCCCACGUUUAUUAUGUCUACCAGGACCACCGUGAAGAGGGAAUUACCAGAAACCGGUGUCCAUUGCCUUUUUUUCUGUUUUAGUCCGAGUGACGACGAGCAGCCAGGAUGCAAUCCUCUAUUUCUUUAUGUCCAUCAGACAAUCAUUUGAGUCGUAAGCACCUUUUACCACACUUCUGUCACUGCCUGUGUGGGGUACUGGUCAAAUGUGGAACUGAAUCGUUAUGACUGUAUCAGAUUUUUAUUUUUAUUUCCAGAUUUUAUAUUGAAUUAUGUAUAUCUUAAAUAAUGCGAUCAUUCUCCCAGUCUGUAAUAUAUGUGUAGAAAGAAGUCUGUAAAUAAUAUUGUUAUACCCAUUCUCUUUUCUAUCCCUGUUCACUUGGCUUGGUGUCCCUAAACUAUUCGUCAAGACGUAACUAUCAAGUGCUCUAGGCGUUUUGUUUCUGUUUUAUGCCAUGAAAAGAAAGAUGGUGAUCAUGAAUUAUCAGUCGAGAUUAAUGCAAAAGACAAAAUAUUGGAUAUCAUCAUCGACUGACCAAGUCUAUUUCAUGUUUCCAGUCCAGCGCUUACAAUUCAAUGUUACUUUCUUGCGUGUUUCUGUUAAUGUAUACGUUUCUAAACUGAAAAUACAGUAUUCAAUUUUGUUUUGUUAUAAAA